AAUUAAUUAGCCCCUAAUUAUUCUGACAAUCCCUGCAUGUUCACUUUGGGAAGAAGUGACGUUAGCACUCAUUAGUAAGAAGAAGAAGAAGAGGGAGGAAAGGACUAACUUCUCCUCCUCUUCUCCUUCUUCGCAAAACCCAGAUUUCAAUUUCCAAAUCCGGUUCGAAAUUUGGAAUCGAAUUCCCGAAAAACAUGGAUGAAAACCCCAAUCCGACGAGUCCGCCACCGCCGCCCAAUAAGCCGCCCAUUCCGCCGUAUGUGAAGGCGUUGUCGGGCUCGCUCGGGGGCAUCAUGGAGGCCGCGUGUCUUCAACCGAUCGAUGUAAUCAAGACCAGGCUCCAGCUCGACCGGACCGGCACCUACAAGGGAAUCGUCCACUGCGGCGCCACUGUCGCCCGCACCGAAGGCGUCAGGGCUCUCUGGAAGGGGCUCACCCCAUUCGCCACCCACCUGACAUUGAAGUACGCGCUCCGGAUGGGCUCCAACGCCAUGCUGCAGGGCGCGUUUAAGGACGCGAAGACCGGGAAGGUCAGCAACCACGGCCGGCUCAUUUCUGGGUUCGGAGCUGGAGUUCUCGAAGCUCUAGUCAUUGUUACUCCUUUUGAGGUGGUGAAAAUUAGACUACAGCAACAAAAAGGAUUGAGUCCUGGGCUUCUGAAGUAUAAGGGUCCUAUUCACUGUGCUCGUACAAUCAUCCGGGAGGAAGGUCUCCGUGGGCUCUGGUCAGGUGCGGCUCCAACUGUUAUGCGCAAUGGGACGAACCAGGCCGCAAUGUUUACAGCCAAAAAUGCGUUUGAUGUUCUCUUGUGGAAGAAACAUGAAGGAGAUGGGAGAGUCCUGCUGCCAUGGCAGUCUAUGAUAUCGGGUUUCCUUGCAGGCACAGCCGGCCCAAUUUGCACUGGUCCCUUUGAUGUUGUGAAAACUAGGUUGAUGGCUCAGAGCCGAGGUGUUGAUGGCAAGAUGAAAUACAAGGGCAUGGUCCAUUGUAUCAGGACAAUAUACGCAGAGGAAGGGCUUCUAGCUUUGUGGAAGGGACUGCUGCCUCGGCUCAUGAGGAUACCACCGGGACAGGCCAUUAUGUGGACUGUGGCUGACCAAGUGAUAGGACUGUAUGAGAAACGAUAUCUUCCCAAUGCAUCCUUGUAGGUAUCAUCAUUUAAUUGGUUUGCUUCUUCCGGUUUUCAAUUCCAUUGCAAGAAUACAUUCCUCGAUUCAUCUUAAUUUAGCAGUUAGCGUUUCUUCAUUGAGUUUCUUCGGCUUCCCCAAAUGUACACCGGUUCUUUGAGACCUUAUCAAUAUUUUUGAUGAUCGGUAGGAGAAUAGGCAACUUCUCAUCUCAAUAGAAAUAAACUCCAUAUGUAGCAGAUAUGAUUGCAAGGAUGUCUCAACCGAAUCACAAUUUUUGUGUUCUCUGUUCAA